AUGAUUGAAUAUUUAUCUUCCUUUGGGUGGCUUCUCAUCGGAUCCAUUGUUGUUUCCAUUGUUUUAAUUGCAGUUUUCAUGGUGGAACGUUAUUUGCAAUAUACAAAGAUGAAGAAACAAUUUGUUCAUAUCGAGAAGGGAUAUCAACAGUUCAUUCCUCCUAUUGUGAUGAGUAUUUUGCCAAAGUGGAUGGUUCCGAAUGGAUACUUGUCCAAUCCUGGAAUUCCUUUUCAACCAGAAACAAUAAUCGAGUUGACAAGAGGACAAUCUCAAGAUUAUUAUAAAAUCAUGUUGGGAAUGAUUGGAUUUCCAUUCCUUGUCAUAACAGAUCCUGAUAUGGGAAAGGAAAUUGCAACUAAAGGUGCCAAACUUUACAAGAAGAAUGCCAUGCAAAAGAGAACCUUUUUAGAAUUGUUCCUUGGUUCGAAUAUCUUUGCUGAGGAUGAUCAUCAAACUUGGUCACAUCAAAGACACUUGAUAGAUCCUGGAUUUACUCCACAAUCUUUGAGUUUGGUGGCAAGUGUUACAAAUAAUACAUUGGAGAAUGAUAUGGUUCCAAAUAUUAUGAAGGAUUUGAAGAGAAGAGAUGUUAUGAGUGAUUUUGCCAAGUUGACUAUGGAUGUUAUUGGUAAGGCAGGUUUUGGAUAUUCUUUCGAUUCAUUCUAUUCUAAACCUGGAGAAGAAACUCUGGAAACCAAAACCAAUAUCUUUUUAGGAAAUGCUGAUUUCUAUCGUGUAGUUCCAACCCAAUUCCUCAGAAAGAAUGUAAAAGUUGGCAUGUUAGCAAAAAUCCAUGACUCAGUUGACUCUUUCCGUAAUGUCAUUAAAGAAAUCAUUGCCAAGAGAGAACGUGAAAACAAUUUGGCAGAAGAAUCCAAUGAUAUCCUCUCUCUCCUAUUGAAAGAACGUAGAAAUAACAAGGAAACUGGAGGAGUUCUCUCAGAUGAUGAAUUGAUAUCGAAUUCUUUUGUUCUUUUGGUCGCUGGCCACGAGUGUAUUAUUAAUUUAUCAGAAAAAUUAUUGUUGUUAUUAAAUAUUAUAUCAUCAUUCAUAUCUCCUCCAACAUCAUCUAAAUGA